CGCGCUCUGUUUUCGCGGACGUUUCGGCAUGAGAUUCCGAUUUUAAACAAUAAUAGAACUUUUCCUACACGUCGAUGAAUCAUUUCCAUUCAGUUAAUGCAAAUCAACACAUGGUCUACAAUUCUAAGUCAUCGCGAGAUACUUUCAACUGUCAUUGGAAGUAUUCUGUUGAAAUAAUAUAAAAUACAACAAAGUGCCAAUUUAUGUGUAAUAGAAAAAUUCAAUGAAAAAUGACUCGUGAAAGUAAUGGAUUGAUCGGUGAUAUAGAGAAGAAACAUGCAAGGAGCGUGCGAUAUUUGAUUAGUGAAAAAACUCUCCAUCAAUUGAAACAUGUUGCUGGACCGCUGGCCCUGUUGACAGCGUUGAUGAUCUAUACCGCCCUUGGUGGUCUGAUUUUCAGACAAUUGGAACUACCUUCCGAAAUUUUGAACUCAGGGAGAGUUAAAGCUGACCUUACAAGGAAGAGGAAUCAUUUAGUAAAUCAAAUUUUAAAUGAAAGAGAUACAAUUAAUUUCAAGCAAGUGAUUGAAGUAGAAUUACAUUCUUAUGAGAAUGCUGUGCAAACAGCUGCCCAGGGAGGAUUUCUGAUUAGUUCACUGACUGAAAUUGAAUCUUUUAAGGAUUUAAAAGAUGGAGACAUUAUUGACUUAUCAUCCGCAGUGACAGAACGAUGGAGUAUACUUCAGGCGAUGUUUUUCGCCAGUACUGUACUCACAACAAUUGGCUACGGGAAUGUUGUCCCUUUGACCGACUGGGGGCGGGUAUUUUGUAUCUUCUACGCCUUUGUUGGGAUACCAUUGACGCUGACCGCAAUUGCUGCCUGGGGUAAACUCUUCGCCGAAACAGUGAACAACCUUGCAGACAAAAUGAGAAGAAGAUUACCCCCUCUCAUGACCCGUUUAAUCCCUAGUAAUAACACGGGUCGCAGGUCUUUAGGCGCAUUCGCCGCGGUAGUUCUUCUCUUCAUUUAUUUAUCCUGUGGAGCGGCAAUGUUUAUGUUAUGGGAAGACGAUUGGAAUUUUUUCGACGGGUUUUACUUUUGGUUUGUUACAAUGACGACAAUUGGUUUUGGAGAUCUCGUUCCAAAGAAACCGAAAUACAUGCUUCUGUGUUCUUUGUACAUACUUGUGGGCUUAGCUCUUACAGGAACUAUAAUUGAACUCGUAAGAAUGCAGUACAACCAAUCGUGGCAACGUCUGCAAGCUUUGCGGGGGCCCGUAGUCGAGGCGCUAAAAAAAUUAGGGGAACAAGCCGGUGGAGAUAUGUCAGCGUUACAAUUGGAUUUGAAAAAAAUUUUGGCUGUCGCAUCAUUGCCAAAACUUAGGAAGAGAAAUGGUAAAGAAAUGGAGCAUACUGAGUGGGAAGAAGCUGUUCAAGCUGUGCUAAAGGAAAUUGAAGCGUCAGCCUCUCAGAAUCAGAAUCAAAAAAUCGUACGAAUUAUUAUUUACGAGUCUAGUGUUUGAAAUGUAUAACGUUGAGAAUGAAAAUAUUGAUGGUUUAAGUAUCUGAAUUUAUCAUGGGUAUAUAGCAUUCGACAUUAUACGACAUUACACAAUAUCGAGAUACGCGGUAGAGUAUCGGCCAAGAAAAGUGUUGACUCCAACUGGACAAAACAUCAGGCCGAUCGCUGCGGUGUACACGAAGCUAUACACGAAGGAACUACCAUAUCCAUUAAAUAAAAUACAAACGUGACGAGCUAUAUGAAAAAUAUUCUUAAUUACAUUAUAUGAAUCGGCCACAAGCUCCUCAUUGAUGUAACAAUUUUUUUUGUUCGAAGCAAUAGUUGAAAAAAUACGCGCACAGCAACGGGUUCAUAUGCACAUACUAUACAUUGUAUUUAUAUUCUCGGAGUCUAAGAAUUGACUAAUUGAAUUUGGUACAUGAAUGAUAAAUUCCACAGAUAUUUUUCAAUUGAGUUCCGUGUAUAAAUAAAUUCUCAAAGAAGUAAAGGAAGUGGGAAAAUCUUCAAUAAAAAAUUGAAAGUCGGUGGAAAGGAUGACUGUGGAGUAAAACUAUUUGGUUUGCUUCGAUUGUUAAUUGGAAAGACGAUCUAGCGUGUCAAAAAUAAA